AGUCGACUCACGACAUUGAGAAGGAAGGUAUGAAAAUGCUUGUGGUGACUAGGUUAUUUUCAUUUAACACCUACAGGUAUUAACUAAAGAUGCCAUUGUUCAUAUCAUAAUACAGUAAUGGUCCAGUGAUAGAGGAUAAUGCUUAUGAAGUUGUGUGAUAAUGACCAUUAUCUGAGGUGACUUAUUCUGGAGCAUUGAGUGGCUUUGAUGUAGACUACUAGGUGUACUGGGGUACUGGCCUGGAGAUACAUGUAGUCAGCUAACCACAGGGGAUAAGAAGGUGUGGGCGUGUUUGGUGGCUUGAGAAAAGGGACUUCCUCUUCCACCUGAUCUUCCAAGACAUCGGAUUAUAUUCUAAUUUAUUCGUCAUUACGGUUGAUGUUUUUUUUUUUCUUGACGCGGAACAAGUAUGGUAUUUGUAGAAGUGAAGAGCACGUCGCAAAGAACACAGUUAUUACGAUACUUAGAAAUGAUAUGUGAUAUAUUUUACUUGAAUUUAUGCUUCCGGUAGUGAAUCGUUGUCCGGUCCCAAAGGAAAUAAAAAGGGUGAAAGAAAAGACAAACGAACAAAACAUAGGAACCUUACCCACAUACAAGAAAAAAAGUAUUGGAAAAAAAACUGAAAAUAAAUCAGUUUGUAAGUAAUCGCUGCCCCCUCCCCUCCCCUCCCCUCCCACGCAAGUAAUCACAAGAGUACCCACAAGCCGCUCGGAGCAGAGUCCAAGAUGGCGGGCCUGACCUUCCGUACCAGGUUCGGCUACGGCGUGGGCCACGUGCUCAACGACCUGUGCUCGGCCAUGUGGUUCACGUACCUGCUCAUCUACUUCCACCACGUGCUGCUCUUCAACAACUCGCUGGCGGGCGUCGUGCUGCUCAUUGGCCAGGUCGCCGACGCCCUGUCCACGCCCUUCGUGGGCAAAGAGGCGGACCGCACCGACGACCUGGCCUUCUGCGCGCGCUACGGGCGGAGGAAGUCGUGGCACUUGGCGGGUACCAUAUGCGUGCUGUGUGCCUUCCCGUUCAUCUUCCUGGGGUGCCUCGGGUGCAGCGGAGCCAGCGACUGGGCGCAGGUGGUCUACUACGCCCCGUUCGUGGUCAUCUUCCAGUUCGGGUGGGCGUCGACGCAGAUCAGCCACCUGGCGCUCAUCCCCAACAUCACGCAGGACCCCAAUGACCGAACGGAGCUCAAUGCCAUCAGAUAUGCAUUCACAGUGGCAUCGAACAUCACAGUCUACCUUGUGACGUGGCUAGUCCUUGGGCUUGAAUCCCAAGACCCCGAAGCAGGCAUUGGGCCCAGAGACAUCAACAAAUUCAGAUACAUAGUCUUCAUCGUUUUGGCCAUUGGUUGCCUGUUUGUCACCCUGUUCCAUGUAAUGGUGAAGGAAGACAACUUGCCAGACUAUGCCACUUGGCAAAGGGUGGCCAUAAACAAUGCAGAGGCCUCGGAACCUUCUCAGGCUGAAGGAACAAAUGUGGCUUCUUCAUCUGCCUGUGUCCCGGUUCACUGCCGGAUGACAGCCACAGAUUGGCUGAAGGAUAGACAGUUCUACCAAGUGGCCUUCCUCUACAUGGGCACAAGGCUUUUCUGCAAUCUGACACAAGCUUAUGUCCCCAUAUACUUGCAAGAUUCCCUUCACCUGUCGGAGGAAUCUGUGGCGUACAUCCCCCUUGUCAUGUACGUGUCAGGGUUCCUUACCACCAUGAUACUGAAAGCACUCAAUAAGUUCAUUGGAAGGAAGGCGUCCUUCAUCCUGGGCACCCUCAUAGGCGGAGCAGCCUGCAUUGGCAUCUGGCUCGGAGAGGGGGAUGUCUACUGCAAGUACCUCCUUUACGUGGUGACUGCCAUGCUAGGGGCAGGUGGCUCCAUCAUGCUGAUCACGUCCCUUUCCAUCACGGCAGACCUCAUUGGCCCAAAUAUUGAGUCAGGAGCUUUUGUCUAUGGUGCCAUGAGCUUUACAGACAAGCUCUCCAAUGGGAUAGCCGUUAUGUUAAUCCAAAACCUGAAUCCCUGCAC